AUGGCAGAAGCAAGAGAUAGGGUUGCAGUAGUGACAGGAGCAAACAAAGGAAUUGGAUUUGCAAUAUGCAAGCAAUUGGCUUCAAAUGGUAUGAAAGUGGUGUUGGCAGCAAGAGAUGAAAAGAGAGGUGUUGAAGCUGUUGAGAAACUGAAAGAGCUUUCACUUCCUGGUCAUGUACUUUUCCAUCAACUUGAUGUUACAGACUCUACAAGUAUUGGAUCCUUUGUUGAUUUUAUCGCAAAUCAGUUUGGUAAACUCGAUAUCUUGGUGAACAAUGCUGGAAUGGGAGCACAUGUGAAUGGUGAGGCUUUGGCUGCUCUUGGUGUUGUGGUAGAUCCUAAUCAAAUUGAUUGGACUAAAAUAUUUUAUGAAAACAAUGAAAUAGUUGAAAAAAUCCUUAGAACAAAUUAUUUUGGAACCAAAGAAUUCACCACAGUUCUAAUUCCUCUUCUUCAAUCUUCUAGCUCACCAAAAAUUAUCAAUGUUUCUUCAUCUAUUGGAAGGCUCGAGGUUUUGGCAAAUGGACGACCUAAAGAAAUACUAAGUGACGUCGAAAAUCUCACUGAAGAAAACAUUGAUGAACUUAUGAAUGAAUUUCUAAAAACCUAUAAAGAGGGUUCACAUGAAACCAAAGAUAUGAAUGGUGGUAAUGGUGCUUUGACAUCUGAUGAAGGUGCUGAACCGAUUGUGAAAUUGGUGAUACAAGAUGGUAGUCCGUCUGGCCGAUUUUUCUCUCGCGGUGAAGAAAAAUCGUUUUGA